ACUCAAAAAGUAAGAGUCUUUAUGGUGUUAAGUGAUAGAUAAUCACACUUGCUAUAUUCAGUUGUCUUACUAUUAAUACCGGUCUCACUGUGCGGGGUUAGCUUCACUUUUCCCAGCUUUUUUUUUUUCCAUCUGCUCUUCCUUCCAUGGUUGCCCAAACCCUAGAUGGCAAGAUCUGUCCUGUCUUCAAACUCUAGCGAACACGAAAAGAACACUUUUGAAUUUUUGAUCUCUCCAGAUUCAGUUUGAUAGAUAUUUUCUUGCAGCUUUUUUGGGUGUGGAGUGGAGAUUUGGGGAGAGUGGGAAAUGAGUGGGCCGUCGACUUCUGUGGCGGGGGAGGGGUAUGGGUACGGUUACCGGCCGCCGUUCACGGCGGUGCAGUGGCAGGAGCUGGAGCACCAAGCUAUGAUAUACAAGUACCUGGUGGCGGGUGUCCCUGUGCCACCGGAACUCGUUGUCCCCAUUCGCCGGAGCUUCGAAGCCCUCUCCGCCCGGUUCUUCCAACACCAAAGCUUGAACUAUUGUUCCUAUUAUGGGAAGAAAUUCGAUCCCGAGCCCGGGAGGUGCCGGAGGACAGACGGGAAGAAGUGGAGGUGCUCUAAGGAUGCAUAUCCUGACUCCAAGUAUUGUGAGCGGCACAUGCACCGAGGCCGCAACCGUUCAAGAAAGCCUGUGGAAUCUCAAUCUACUUCUCAGUCGUUGUCAACUGCUAUGUCACACGUUACUACUACGGGGAGCAGUUAUGGAAACUCUGGAACUAAGCUCGGGAUGGAGCCCGCCUCUUAUGGAAUAGAGAACAAGGAAUUCCGGUAUCCCCUUGGAAUGACUCUGAAUGCAGGUGAACAUGAUUUCUCUCAAGAAACUUCUGCGGGGGGUGUGAGAAGUCUGGGGAUAGGUUCCAGCACCGAUAGCACCUGGGGUCUAUUGCCGACCCAAGUAUCCUCAAAUCCCAUGUUUAAGACCAAAAACGAGCCACAGUUUUUGGGGGGUGUCUCGGAGCUUACAAUUGACUCUUCAAUGCCAAAACAACGACAGCAACAUUGCUUUUUUGGCAGUGAAAUCGACUCACCCGGGGCUUUGAAGCAGGAGCAACAUUCCAUUCGACCUUUCCUAAGCGAAUGGCCUACUACUACCAAAGAGUCGUGGUCCAACCUUGACAACGAUGGGUCAAACCAAAACGCUUUCUCGACUACACAGCUCUCGAUAUCCAUUCCCGUGCCUCCCUCUUCUUUCUCUUCAAGAAGUGACUGCUCCCGGAAUGAUGCUUAAACCGGAACCUGGAUGCCCAAUUACUUCAAAGGUACGAGUUGAUGUAAUAAUAUGAUUGUUAUGUGUGUCGUCGUAUAUUUAAGCUGCUGGAACACCGAGUUGCAUUGCCUUUCUUUUUGGCUUUUGGUACUGAAACUGAACUUCUUUUGUAAGAACUACAUAUCAUCAAAUCUGAGACUAGGCUUUGAUCUGAUGCAAUUGUAAACAAUCAUUUUGGUUCGAGGAAAAUAAUGAAUCUGAAUUUUGCUAUACUAA